UCGGCCCGGCCUCUGAGGGUGCCGUUGGGGGCGGCAGUGUGGUACGUGCCCGCCCCGCUGAGCAGCAGCCGGGAGCCGUCAGAAACCACGGGACAGGGUUUAAAAACUCCAAAACUUGGGUUAUCUUUUAGCUUGAGAGCAGAGGUUAAAGUUUCCUUCAGCCACAGCCUAAACCGGCAGCUCCUGAUCCUGGAAGGAAAGUGGGCACCGUAUAAGGUUUAUAGUGAAGCUGUAGGGCUUGUGUAGCUAUGGAGAAUUCCUCUGAAGCAGUAACAUAACGAGAUAGAAAUAACAUGGAUAAUAAAGGAGAGAGAGGAAAAAAAGUAGAAUAAAACUUCACAUACAGAAGAUUGACCCUAAAUCUCACCCUGUUUAAUGAUGCUUCAGAGGUAUGGGAUGGAUCUGCAGGCAGGAGCUCUUAAGACCCAGCGUGGGUUUGGUCACAGUGGAGCAUCACCUGUGUGAGAGGACUCCUAUAACCUCACUGCUGAUUGGAAUGACCAUCUUUGUAACACUGUCAAUGCUGUAUUACCUUAGCCAGUGGAAGAAUGGGUAAAAAAGUGAAGAAGGAAGUAGAGCCUCCACCCAAGGAUGUGUUUGAUCCUUUACUGAUUGAAAGCAAAGAAGUAGCAACAGUUGUACUAAUGCUUGAUUCUCCAGAAGAGGAAAUUUUGGCCAAAGCAUGUGAUGCUAUAUAUAAAUAUGCAUCAAAAGCUUUUGAAAGGCAUCCAAAAAAGAGAUUAAACAGAUUAAUGGUCCCUGAUAAUGUGAUGAUGAAAAGCCAACAUAUAUCCUUCCCCACCACUUGGCACGGUGGUGAUGAAAACAAAGUGACACUUCUUGGGCUUGGAGCAGUGCAACGUUUGUAUAAACUCAUCUCACAUGAAAAUCCCGUUGUACGCAGAAAUGCCAUAAUGAUAUUUGGCAUCAUGGCUUCUAAUCAAGAUGUCAAGAAGUUACUGAGGGAACUGAAUGUCACAAGUUCUCUUCUGUCACGCCUGGUACCAGAAGAAGAUGUGGUUAUUCAUGAAUUUGCUACUCUGUGUCUGGCGCAUAUGGCUGUUGAAUAUACUACUAAAGCACAAAUAUUUGAGCAAGGCGGAUUAGAACCACUUAUAAGUCUACUGGGUAGUCCUGACCCUGAUGUUACGAAGAAUUCGGUUGAAUGUAUUUAUCUCCUGGUACAGGAUUUUCAAAGCCGUGCUGCUGUUUGUGAACUGAAUGUAAUCCCACCCUUGUUGGAUCUACUGAAAUCUGAAUAUCCAGUUAUCCAGUUGCUAGCCCUUAAAACCUUGGAAGUAAUUAGCAAAGACAGAGAAACAAGGAUAAUAUUGGGAGAAAAUCAAGGAUUAGAUCAUCUUCUGACGAUACUGGAAACUGAAGAGUUCAGUGAUCUACAUGUGGAAGCUCUUGCUGUGUUGGGAAAUUGCCUUGAAGAUGCGGAUACUAUGCAAUUGAUUCAGCAGACAGGAGGCCUUAAAAAGCUACUUUCAUUUGUUGGAGUCUCUACUGUUCCUGAUAUUCAGAAGAAUGCAGCAAAGGCAAUUGCCAGAGCAGCUUGUGAUUCUGAAAAUAGAAAAAUCUUAAACGAGGAAAACGUUGAGAGUUGUCUCAUAAAUCUUUUGGAAAUUGAUGAUGAUGGAGUUAAAGUUGCUGCUUCCCAGGCUAUUUCUGCUAUGUGUGAGAAUGUAGCUAGCAAACGUGCAUUUGGACUCCAGGGGAUUCCCCAGCUAGUACAGUUGUUAAGCAGUGAUGAUGAAGAGGUAAAAGAAGCUGCAGUCAUGGCAUUAGCCAAUCUGACAACAGCCAGUCAGAGUAAUGCAAGUGCUGUUGCAGAAGCUGAAGGAAUCAAGCCUUUAGUAGAGACCUUAAAUGCUGAGAGACAUGGAGCCAUUGCGAAUGCUGCUACAGUGCUAACAAAUAUGGCCAUGCAAGAGCCUUUGCGCUUAAGUAUUCAGAGCCAUGGCGUGAUGAGUGUGCUCACAGAGCCACUGCGUUCUACCAGCAGCCAGGUGCAAAGCAGGGCAGCACUCACCGUGGCUGCCUUUGGUUGUGAUGCUGACGCGAGAAGUGAGUUAAGAAAUGCAGGUGGACUGGAGCCACUUGUUGAGCUGCUACACUCAAAGGACAGAGAAGUCAGAAGAAAUGCCUGUUGGGCUGUCAUGGUCUGUGCAAGUGAUGAACUAACCGCUGUUGAACUGUGCAGGCUAGGCCAUUGUGUUUUGUUUAACAGAGCAAUAGACAUCCUAGAAGAAAUUAAUCAGUCAACGGCACGCAGAAAUAACUUCAGUGAAGCUGCUCUGGAAAGGCUACUUGAUAACAAUCUCUCCCAAAAGUACAGCCAAAUGGGUUAUUUAUCAUCAAGUAAUGUCAUUACUGAUGGAUUCUAUGAUUAUGGUAAGAUAAAACCUGGCGUAAAACUUCCAUCUUUGGAGGAACUGAGUAUGCAAGAGCUUACUGACCGUCGGGCCAUAAUCUUCGUUAGCACUAAGACACAAGAAGAUGUCCUUGCAAUAGAGGAAAAGCCACGGCGUGUAUCUUACGAACUGGCUACCUUGUCACCUUUAACUUCAAGGAGAAGCAGUAGAGAAAUAUCAAGUGUAAGAAAAUGGAAAGGGAAGAAAGAAGAGGAAAAACUGAAAGAAGUUGCUGAGAUUUUAUCUGAAGUCCAGGAUGAAAUAAAUCUAGAAGAUGCACAAUGGCAACCACCACCUGACUACAUGUUAAUGAAUUAUAUUAAUGAUGCUUCCAAAACAAUUCUACCACUCACCACUACUCGGGAGCAGGUUGUGGCUCUUGCACAGUUUGUUGCAGACAAGAUGGGUGGUGCAAUUGAAAGAGACGAACUACACAAUUUCAGCUGGGAGCUUCACAUAAGUGAAAUAGAAUUUGAACUAAAAUCCAACGUUGUGCCUAUUGGGAAAGUGAAAAAAGGGACAUUUUGCCACAGGGCUUUACUUUUCAAGGUGAUAGCAGACAGACUUGGAAUUGGCUGUAGUUUAGUUCGUGGCGAGUAUAACAGAGCUUGGAAUGAAGUUAAAUUGGUCGAUGAUUCUCCUCAAGGAGUAACUGGGCUGCUGCUUCCUCCUCAAGAGUAUAUUGUAGAUCUGAUGUUUGUGCCAGGCUUUCUGAUGAAACAAGGAAGUGCAGAGGCUGAUCAGUACAAAUAUAUUUAAUCACACCCAAAUUUCUCCAAAAUAAGCAUUUUAAGAUGAUUACAUGCUAUUAUUCAUGAAACAAAUAGGGGUUGCGGUCCAGCUAUCCAAAGAAAAAGCAUCUAUUUCUACAGUCAUUUGCUGAAAGGCAUUCUUCAUUUUCUGAGACUUCGCUUUAGAUAUCUGCAUUUGGUAUGUUGUUCUGAACAUCGAAUUAAACAUAGCCAACCUCAGUUCUUAGAAACUAGGAAGGGAGUGGAAGCUGCUAAUGUUGGCACUAUUUUAAGAGUAAGAUUAAAAUUUAUUAGUUGAAGAAUACUUGGUAUGUUGUGCUUAUUAAAUAGAUUUUUCCAAAUAGAUUUCUAAACUACC